GUUGCGGCGCGGCGGCAUGCGAGCAGUGUUGCUUGCCGCCCACUGCCGCCGCACCUUAAAAAGAAGGCUUCUUCGCGAAUGCUGAACUGCGGCGGGAAGCAUGGGAACCGGACACCUGUUCCACGGGAUACAUGGACACACGGCGCCAUGCCAUGCCAUGCCAUGCGGAGGGAGAUUUCCAUUCCCUCGUCGAUCACGACAUGACGCCCGCCUGCCCGCCCGUCGCCUUGUCGGGUUUGCCAUGUUGAUUAGCACAUGUUACCACACGCAAGGACCCAAACCUACCAGCACAAAAAGGGGUGGACAAGCACCGCACCGAGGCUCGAGGACCCCCUUCCCGGCGACUCUAAUGGAAGCUAAAUCGGAAACGCUAGCACGGUCACUUGCAGCAGCUUCCCCUUAUUUCAGGGGUACCUACCCCAAAGGCUCUAGCUCAAGUGGGGCCAGAACAGAAGACCACACAACACUCAGAUCUGCACAUACACUCGACUUCAUAUCAUGACCUUUCUCAUCAACCCCACGCCCUCUACUCCCUCUACCGGAAAGGGUAAAGCCCGCACAUCUCAAGGGAAGACAGGCGCGGUAAUCUUCAAGAUCGCGUCAAGAGCGUUGUUCAGGUAUUCAGGAAAUGGCGACUUGGAGGCUCUUAGGCAUUCACAGCACCUUCGUACUUCGUACUGUGCACGGUCGGAAUAAGCAGUCUUAUGUGACGAGACCGCAGUUUGUUGUUCUCUGUGAUGAGAGAGAAAAAUGAGUGACCCUAGGCUCUGGGACGGGAGCGAAGGAGCAGUGUCUUUUAAUACCUCGGCUCUUCUCGAGGCUGAUAGACCAAGGUAUUGAUACUGCUUUUCAACUCGUGCUCGGGUCAAGCACGUGAUGGUAUCUUUACAGUACAUCGUAUAUACACAGUGCGGAAAUAAGGU